CACAGAAAGCGCCACAUUUAAAGACUGAAAAUUACUUUCUGAAGAAACUAAGUAAAAUGGAUAUCGUAAACCAUAAAGGUGUGUUUGAUCACUUGUUAAUGUUGGAAAGAGCAGAAAAUGCAGGACUGCAGAAAAAGCAACAGCAGGAGCGUCUGCAAGAACUUGCUGCUACAGUAGAAAUGCUCUGUGCAAGAAGAGAUGAAAUUCAGGCUGAAACUUCAGCAUUAAAGACUUUAAAAGAUAAGAUUGGCCAAGGACUGCCGAUAGAAGAAAAUAAAAUUGAGGAAUUUGUUGAACACAAGCAAUCUCUGCUAACUUCACGGCAUAUGCAGCUCAAGGACCUUCAAACUGCUUAUCACCUGAUUGCAGGGUUUGACUUUGUAGAAAGUAAAGAAGGCAAAAGUGUUUGUGUGACAUUUCACACUGCGUAUGAGGGUGUCUACUUGGAAACAUAUAACAUGGAGCUGGACCUUACACGCACAGUGCAGAUCAGUCGUCAUAACAUUCCUCCAUGUAUACCACUGGAAAAAAUCACCAAGGAGAAUCUACAGUCCGAUUUUAAAGCCUUUCUUCAGAACCUAAGCCUUUACCUAAAUGCUUUAACUGCACGCAAACAGCAGAUUUCUCUCAUUAAGGAACUUGUUGGGACAGUAGAGGUGCUUGAGAGAAAUCAGCUGUGCAGUUUUCUUGCGCUCGUGUGUAAAGCACCAUUGGAGAGUGAUGAAGCUGUGUUGUGUACACUGGAAUAUGCUGACCUCACUCGAUCUCUUCCAACCCACGUUACUAUCAAUAGUGAAAACAAAGCACUUCUAGAAUCUCCACAGUGGAAGAAAAACCAAGCGUUAUUCAUGGAGUCUCCAGUUCACAGUGCUCUUUUGACCAUGAGGAAAAUGGGAAGCAUUUCAUGAACAAAGCAGUAAAACAGUUUUCAGGA